UUGACAUCGACCACGCAUCGAUCUGUAUUAUUAGUUAUUAAAUACUUAAUGUCAAUUAAGGCUUAAUUAUUAAUUACUCUUGGUCGGCCUUGAAUCCAUUUCCUCCAGUGAUGGGAAAUGGGUCACGACCUUGAUCAGUUUUACAACACCUUUGCACUUUGGCACUUGCCACUUCUAACACGACAUAGAUUUUGAAUUCGAUAAAAAUUAAUUUAUUGAUUGUGCGUCAAUUAGAAGAAAUCGAUUUAUCGGCUUAAUUCCAUACGUUUGUGACGCGGAACAGUAUUGGAGAGGACGUGAGAAGGGAUGCCAAAGUACGAAAUGUCGUACAAAAAGGCUUCAAGAAAACGCUCUAGCUUGAAAAAAGGGGAAUCUAUCCUACCUCUAGGAUUCCAAUCCCGAUUGAACGAUCUCUUCAACCAGAUCGAGAAAGAGUUCGAAGCUCAGUAUGAGGCUCUGUAUAUGGAAAAUCUUGCUCUUCAUGAGAAGCUGGAAAAUUUAACAACAUCAGACCUGCGUGGAGAGCCUUCGAGCCUUAUUUCCAAUCCGGAAAAACAUGACGGAUUUGACGUGCCUGAUACACCGAGUGGAGGACAAAAAAGCAUCUUGGGUAAAGAUAAGGCAAAAGGUGGACUUCCAAGCCAGCAGAAGGUUGCACUACGGCUAAAACAACAGACGAGCAAGAUCGUUUCCAGUUUCAAAACUAAUAUCGUCUCUUGCAACUACGUUAAAGAAUUUGCGGGACACAAGGAUGGAAUUUGGGAUGUUACAGCGGCUCGAAUGGGGAUUGGCGUUGUUGGAACGGCUUCUGCUGAUCACAAAGCUGGAGUGUGGGCAAUUGAUUCGGGUCGGUGCCUGUUAAAAUACCAGGGACAUAAUGGGUCUGUAAAUUCCAUACGAUUUCAUCCUUCAAGAGAGUUGGCUUUGACAUCAAGCGGCGAUCACACAGCGCACAUCUGGCAGGCGUCGGUGGCGUGGGAACAAAUGAUCCAAAAAGGAGUCUCAUCCGAAGAAGAAUUCGAGUCAUCGGAAAAAGAAGAGUACGAUGACAAUGUGGAUGGUCCCGUGGGUCUCGCAACGUUGAGAACACCUUCCUCGGUUUUAAAUGGACACACAUCCGUCGUGAUUUGCGCAGACUGGCUGCCUGGAGGAGAUCAAAUAAUUACGGCUUCCUGGGACAGGAGUGCUUGCCUUUGGGAUACAUUAACGGGCGAAAGACUUCAAACAUUUUGCGGUCAUGAUCAAGAACUUAGUUACGCGUCUACUCAUCCCACACAAAAGCUAGUUGUGACUACGAGCAGAGACGCUACAUUUCGCAUGUGGGAUCUACGCAGUCAAGGCUAUUCAGUCAGCGUAUUUCAAGGCCAUACAGACAAUAUUACAAGUGCUGCAUUUACAAAGGAGGACAGACUGGUUUCGGGUUCGGACGAUAGAACUGUGAAAGUUUGGGAUAUACGAAACAUGCGAGCAUCUCUGGUCACGAUAAGACUGGACUCGGCAGUGAAUCGUAUUUCAAUCUCUAACGCUGGAUUAAUUGCCAUUCCACAGGACGAUAGACAUAUUCGCAUAUUUGAUCUCUCUGGGCAGAGACUGGCUAGACUACCACGGUCAAAUCGUCAGGGUCAUCGAAGAAUGGUUACUUCAGCUGCCUGGAUCGAAGACCAAAAGUGCAAUUUAUUCACAUGCGGGUUCGACAGAGUCGUGAUGGCUUGGCAUGUCCAGUUUACGAAAGAUAAAGACAAGGACAAAGAUAAAGAAAAGGAGCGAGAAAAGGACAAAGAUCGCGAUUGAGCCAAGAAGUAAGAGCCUAACACGGAUAAGUCAUAUAUGUAUAUAUCUACAUUAUGGAAAAUUAUAACGAAACUAUGCAGACAAAAUUUAGCAUACCAACAUAGGUGCACUCUUGCCAAAUAGAUAGACGAAUUCGAAUUUUGACUGCAUGCUCUGCUCAGAAACAUAUAUGUGGAAGAAGAGUACAUUCAAGUUCAUUCUCUUAUUGUAAUCCAUCCUACCUCUCAUCGUCGUACAUAUAUAUUUAACUGAUAUAUGUAUAUCUCUAGUCAAGUCAUUCUCAGGAGAAUAAGGAAUCCUUGUGAAGAGAAGAGGUUCAGGAACAGAACGAGAAUAUAGAACAUUGGAUCAUUUGUCCAGCCAGCAGCAUAACAUAUAAUUCAGAUUUCCUUGCCAUGUAUGUACGUAUGUAUGUGUGAAAAGUUGAGAGAGAUAUGAAGUAUUCAUGCUACUCGUUAAUUUGAGUAUUCAAUUCAUAUCACCAUCAAUCCUGAGUCGUCCUUGUUGUCUCUUAAACGUCUUAUCGAGGUUCAUCUUUGUGUAUCCAUUCAGUAUUCAUUAAAUGAGUCUGACGGACCGGAAUCAAGUUCUUAAUCAUUUAUUUAUCUUGGUUAUAUUGAAUGUGUAGAAGAUAGAUAAUAUUUAAACUUUUAAGGUUUGUAGAGACCUCUGAAAAUGAAUUAAAUCUCGUUUCCUUUCCCAUUACUUUUUUUCUUUUAAAAUGCGAAUAAUAAUGCAAUACGAUGUGAUGAAAAAGAAAUCAGAAUCUUUUCACUAAUAGUAGAAAAGGUUAAAA